GAGACGGAACAUAAGAAGUUUAUGACACCAGUGGGUCAUUGGCGGGGAACUGGACUCUUCCUUUCCGUAAGGAAUGGGAAGGGCAUGACCGGGGGCGGAGCGCUCGCUUUCCAAGCAACCCCCGGUUGCCAAGGUGACGACUAGGCGUCCUGCUCUCCCUUACGCCUGAGGCCUACAAGUGAGAGGACCAAUUCGGAGUUGCGCUCUUUCCCUUCUCCGGGGCUGGGUUGAGUGCUUGUGGGUGCGACAGCCUGCUCAAGAAGUAACCAGAGCCUCUCAGAAGACACGUGUCGACCCAUCUUGCAGUUCAAAAUGAGUAUAUUCCCUGCUGUGCCCAUGCGAAGCCCCAAAGCACAUCCAAGUAAGGAAGAGAUGAAGUGCCCUUCACCAGAACUUGCAAGAAUUCAUUUGAUCAAAGGCAAAGAUGCCAUAGAUCAUUAUUUGGCCACGCAUAUCAAAGGAUUGUCAAAACAAGAGGCUGUUGCUUACCGGAAUUCAUACAAGAAGAACAUCUGCAUAGACAUGCUGCGACAGGGUUAUCACAAGUCUUUCGCCGAGCUCUUUACUCUGAUAGAGAAGUGGAAUGCCUUGAGGGAGGCUUCAGGGCCUGGGUCAGCCAUAUGGCUGGAGAAGUCCCUAGAGGAGCAGCCUGAUAAGCUGGAUCAGCUUCACUACUUCCUGACCAGGGCUGAGGCAGCCCAGCGAUCAGAAUACUAUGAAGAGGUGUAUUCUAACCAGCUAAAUUUGGCCUAUUGCUUCAAUAAACCAGAAGACAAAUGGUUAAGGAAUUACUUCUAUGAACAAUGCUACAAAACUGCUCAACUGAUUAAAAUUGAUGGUGGGAGGAGAGAAGCUGAAGCACAUUCAAAUAUGGGCUUUGUUUAUGAGGAGCAAGGUCAAUUCUUGAAAGCCGCAGAACAUUAUGAAGCAUUCUAUCAAUUGACAGUGGGACGGGUAUGGAAAGACAAUACGGGCCGGACUCUCACUUCAGUAGCCUGUGAGCAUCUCUGGAGAAUUUACACAUUACUAGCAGACAAAAUGUUAGGAAAUAAAGAACACCAACAGGCCAUCAGAACUCUAAUAAAAGCACUUGAAAUGGCAAAAGAAGCAGAGAACAAAAAGAUGGAAGGAGAAGCUGCCUACUGUUUGGGUCUAGCAUAUCAUGCAGUUGGAGAAGAAAAGACGGCAAUUGCAAAGCUAAACACUUACCUGGAAAUAUCCAAAAUACUGGGAGAUUACGGUGGUCUAGGGAGAGCAUAUCAAGCUAUAGCUCAGGUCCUGGUAAGCCAGGGAGAAAUGGCUGAAGCUAUUAUGUACUUGGAAAAGUUUAUGAAUAUUGCCAAGAGAGUUCAACUCAGCCAAAGUCUAGUGGAUGCAUGUACAUUCCUUGGAAAUAUUUACAAUCAAAGAGGGAACUACUCUAAGGCCUGUGAGUAUUUUGAUCAGGCAUUUGAUGCAGCAAAUGCUCUUUCUGAUUUGGCCCUAGUGAAUGAAACAAAGGUAUAUUGUGGCAUCGGAAAAGCUCAUAAUAUGAUGCUAAAAGUUAACAGCCAUACAGAAGCUGCAGAUUGUGGCAGCAUCGAGUAUCUGCUGGCCUGGAAGGAGAACAGAACUGACAUGUGCACUGACCUUUUUACAGUUGAUGCCAAGAAAGAAGGAAACAAUGAUGAAAUACUUGGAUCCACACCUGUUUCUGAUACUGUCUGAGCCAUGGGAGCGUUUCUGGAGCUGGUAAAUGAUUUUGAGAAUAUGCUUAAUAGGAGAAACACAAUGAAAGUUUGCCUGUCAUUUUGGAAUGUUAAUAGAGGAGCACAUGUCAAGGCUAAUCAAAUGAAAUCCAACAUUUUUUAUGACUGCUCUUAAAAGCUAUAGUUGUGUUAUCCUUUGCCUUGUCUUAGAACGUAUUUGGCUAGAUACUGUGAAGAACAUU